GCUAUUCCACAUUUCGCUACAGCUGCACCACCGCUUACCAGGUACGACGAGUUUCAUGCUGAGAGUGUGCUACGAGAGAGCUAUGGCGUUGGCGUGUCGUGGCCUGCGCUUCGAAGCUUGAGGGUGUGGUGUGUUUAGAGCGUGUUAUUUCAAUCGACCGACCAGAUUUGGCCCUUUCAUCAAGACCACAGCAGAUAAAUGAUACGGCGAGCUUCGGAUAACCCUGUGUUUCCGUGUUUCGUCCUGAAGAACUUGGAGCUCGAGCCGACACGAGCUAAACUUCCCGUAUUCUUUCAACCGUUUGCGGAAGAAUUUGGUUUGCUUGUUUGGCGGCUCCUCCCCGGUCGUGUCGCCGUACCUACUGGCUAGGCAGCCGCCCCAGCGGAAUUGACGAUAGCUAGCUGAUAAAUAUCGCCUCAUUUCACUGCUUGCUGGGAACCACUACGUGUCAUUAUCGCAGUUUAAGAGCAGUUUACAACGCCCCGACGAGAGCCGCGUGCUACGCAGGUGCUCUCCUCCCCCGCCCCCCUCUCCCUUCUUUCCCCAUCUCUCUCUCUUUCUCGCUCUCUUGUCUCCCCCUCUCUCGAUCCCUUUGAUCGGGAAUCUGCGCCGCACUUUCGAGCGUUUGUCAGAUUUACUACUGCUGCUGUAUAGAGCCUCGCAGGAAAAGCGGGGAAAUAUUCGUGUUGGGUUACUUGGGAGCUGGUGCGUCACGCGUCACGCAAAAUAAAAUUCGCCGGGUCGCCAGUUGCCAAUAACCCCCCUAGCGUUCCCCGCUUUCGCAGGUUUCGCGAAUCAUCUAGACGCGACCGGUUCCCCAGCAACAGUUCGAUGUCCUGUUCCCUUAUGCCUGUCGGGCAGAUACAGCAGCAGACGCGUCUCCUCGGGACUUCGUCAGCCUUAGUGUCCUUGUGAUCAAAACUCUACACCGUUGUUGUUGUGUUGCGCAUACACAUGCAUGCUCUCCUUUAAUUUGUUCCCGGAUCUUCAACACUGGAAGAUCAGACUCGUGGGGUGUUGCUUGGAUCGGAUCGCUCUCAAGUCUGGAAUAUUUGCAUGCGGAGAUCCGCAGGGCGAAGCCGAAGUCGCGAGAACCUUGUGUGGCGAGAAAGCACAGAACGGCGGUCAUCCACAAAUAUAAACACAGCACAGCCAUGGUAACCGCGGCGACAACGACCAAGGAGCUGAGUGAGGAAGAAAUCGAAGACUACAAGGAGGCCUUCAGCAACUUCGACAAGGACGGCAACGGGAACAUCGACGAGUUGGAGCUGGGCGUGGUUCUGCGCUCCCUGGGGUACUCUCCGACUAACCAACAGCUCAAGGAGAUGAUGGCCAAGGUAGCCAUGGUAACCGCGGCGACAACGACCAAGGAGCUGAGCGAGGAAGAAAUCGAAGACUACAAGGAGGCCUUCAGCAACUUCGACAAGGACUGCAGUGGGAACAUCGACGAGUCGGAGCUGGGCGUGGUUAUGCGCUCGCUGGGGUACUCUCCGACUAACGAACAGCUCAAGGAGAUUAUGGCCAAGGUGGACACCGACGGCAACGGCGGAAUCUCGUUCGAAGAGUUUGUGGCUAUGAUGCAGCUGGGAGAGGUGGAGACCGACUUCAAGAAGGAGAUCAACGAGGCCUUCAAGUUCUUCGACAAGGAUGGGGAUGGAGAGGUCACCCGCGCGGAGCUCGCCGAGAUCAUGCGAGGCCUUGGCGACACGCUGACGGACGACGAGAUCGACCUCCUUGUCAAGGUGGCCGACAAGGAUGGGGAUGGAGUCAUCAGCAUUGACGAGUGAGUUUUUGUUUUCUUCUGCUCUCUGUUUGUAUGGCAGUUAUGUUUGCUUCUUAAUAUAACACAAUACAUACAUCGCUAUCAUAGAUCAGGGUCUUAGCAUAAAUAAGUUUUUGUGGUUGUAGUCAAGUGUUCCGAAAUCAGCAAUUCAAGAAAUUAAGCCACGGAAAUAUAGCAUACCUGCAUAUGCUCCCAGGUUCGGUGCGCUGCGUCAUGCACUCUAUUUUUUGUUCUUCCACCGUCUCUUGGGCAUACUCCACUUGUUUCAUGGUCAAGUUUGUAACACUUGGCACAUGCUUGCCAUUCCUCGUGCUUAUCGUUGACCCGGGUCCUCAGUUUUGGCCUGCACCCAGGAUGCUCCCGUCCAUAGUUCCACAAUUGUUGUGUCCGUCGCACGCUACUGCUAUACUGCUCUAGAUAGAUCGUGAUUCGCUCGCUUCCUCUGGUUGCCCGGUAUCAGGUACUGCUGGCACGUUGGCGGUUCACUUGUUGUCUCGGUUCUCUCCCCCCUCGGAGGUAUUCAGCAAACGCCGCUCUUGCCGGCGUCAGCUUUCUCAGUCUUUCUGCUGUGGCAGCGAUAUGGAUCAUGGAAUACCAGUAGAGGCAGGUUCAUCUCGUUCAUGUACAG